CGAGGAUGUACUUUGACACAUAUCCAUUGACUGGGGAAGGGAUACUCCACCUCGUCGUCGUCUUUCGAUAUCCCAAUAUUUUACGAGGCAAGGCGCGAAAGAGACCGUCCCAAGGUGAAAGCCAAGCCAUCCCCCGAAGUAAGAGUCGCCGAUCACUCGGACUUGUGACUAUAGCAUAUUCGGCAUCAGUUGGUGCUGCAGGCGUAACAAACGUUUUCGUCGCUAUAUCGAAGUCAAUCAACCGCCAACGGUGUGGGCGUUGAAGGUAGAUGCUCGCAUGAUAUUGUUGUAUCAGAGAUCUUUGUGCAUUAUUUCGGUCGAGCCCAAAUCAUGUACGACAUCGCAAAUACCGCUG